CAUGCUCCAGACUCGCUCCAGACUAUCCCAAAGUCUUGGAGGGCAGAUGGUCAUGACAUCCAGUAUCACGAAGGACUGCUCCACUUCUCAGAGAAAUGGGUCUAUAUAAUGUCCUGAACAGUCCACCUGUUGGACGAUCCUCAUCAGCAGUCUCAAGAGCGAUCGUUCAUCACGAGGCUCUUUAGUCGGUCUUUCAUAUUCGCCCCCCCCGACCAUCUUCUGCCAUUUUGCUUGAUACCCCAAUCUUCGAGAGCACUUUCCUCUCAUCAACCAAUUGGAUUUGGUUUGCACUAUUCAUCAGUCUUUUUGUUGCUUGAACAACAUCCCGAAUCAUUUCGCCCUUCAUUUGCCAUCAUGGGUAUCAGUUUCUUUGGCCUGAACGGUUCUCAAGAGCCCUCUAUUGAUGAGAUCCACAAGCAGCAAGAGCGUCGUCCAUCCGCCGUCGAGGCACUCUCCGUGUCUCGCAAGCGAAAGAGCGUCGCUGACAAGACGAUCACUGGUGCUUCACAGAUCACCACUCGUCAGUCCAUCAUCCCCGUCACCCUGGUCACCAUCUUGUUCUUCUUGUGGGGCUUCGCCUACGGUCUUCUCGACGUCCUCAACUCUCGCUUCCAGGUUGCACUCGAUAUCACCAAGGGACAGUCGUCAGGUCUCCAAGCCAGCUAUUUCGGCGCUUACUUCCUUGGUCCUUUGACGUAUUCUGGAUGGUUCGUCCGCAGAUUUGGAUACCGCUACACCUUCAUCCUCGGCUUGCUCAUCUACUGCGUGGGUGCGCUCAUGUUUUGGCCAUCCGCAGUGAAGCGAUCCUUCCCAGGUUUCUGCGGUUCCAUGUUCAUCGUAGGCUCCGGCUUGUCCACGCUCGAAACGUCUGCCAACCCGUACAUUGCUGUGUGCGGUCCACCAAGAUGGUCAGAGUUCCGUCUUGAACUUUCCCAGUCCUUCCAAGCUGUCGGCUCUGUUGUUGCUCCAGUGCUUGCCUCGUACGUUAUUUUCAAGAAUGUUGGCACGGAUGGAAAGUCUCUCUCUGCCGUCCAGUAUGUGUACCUCGGCAUCGCUUGCUUCGUCGCACUCCUGGCCGUUGUCUUUUACUUUGCUCCACUUCCAGAAAUCACCGACGCAGAUAUGGCCGAUCAGGCAGAGAUGACCACAGCGGCCACUGGCUACGAAGACAAGCCCCUCCGCAAGCAGUACACUCUCUUCUUCGGCGUAGCCGCCCAGUUCUCCUACGUUGGCGCCCAGGUUGCUAUUGCCAGCUAUUUCAUCAACUAUUUCGAACAGGCCCGUCCGGACCUCAGCACCAUUGAGGCCCAACACAAGGGUGCGAACUUCUAUGCCAUCGCCCAAGCACUCUUUGCCAUUGGCAGAUUCUCCGCUGCAGCCUUGAUGUACGUCACUAAGCCGCGCUAUAUCCUGCUUGCCUACCAGACCUUGAUCAUGGUCUUCAUCGCCGCUGCUAUCGGAACCAACACCGGGGGUGCCACAUCUGCCAACUGGGGCGGUAUUGCGAUGCUCAUGAUCGUGCUCUUCUUCGAGUCUUGCAUCUUCCCCACCAUUUUCACGCUGUCUCUUCGUGGCUUGGGCCGACAUACGAAGCGCGGCGCCUCCUUCCUGGUUUCUUCCGUCUGCGGCGGCGCCGUCGUUCCUGCAAUUCUUGGAAACGUCGCCGACAAGACCGGCACGCGCAUCGCCAUGGUGGUGCCUCUCUCAUUCUUCGUAAUUGCGUGGGCUUUCCCAAUCUAUCUGAACAUCUACAAGGGCAAGGAGCUGGAUGCGUACCGAGACAGCCAUGUCGGCAUCGAGGGUACCACCGCCGAUCCCGACAGCCGCAUUGGCUCCAUCUCCGGUCCUGCGGGCCGCAACGCAAAGGAUGUUGAGGCCGCUAUCCACGAGGUCGGACACACCAAGUACUGAAAACGUCGAUCUCAAACGGGGAAAUCCUGUCGCUGCACAGCCAGACUCCUCUCACCCUCCGGGUUCUCACACCUGCUUCUUCUCUGUGAAUUAUUUCUUUGCGCCGCAUGUACAUAUGGAGCGCGGCGAAGGCUUCAGGCGUAGACAUUUGUGUGUUCAAUCGAUCUCUUCUGUGCUAGAGAGGCAUUCUAUCAGAGUCCUUCGAUUCUUGUUUAUACUUUUGGAACUACAUUGUGGGGGCUUUGUCUCGAAAGGUUUAUCUCAACCAAUGUCACGUCAGCUCUCGUUUGAACAUGAACGACAAACUUGCAUGCAUUUUGGGGGAGGGAGGAAAUACGCAAUGCUAACGUCUAUUCAAUCUAGAGAAAGUGUGUCCAUCUUCAAAGGAAACGUCUUUCUUUCCCCGUUUAUUAUACUAUCGUGAAGAGCCUGAUAUCUAGACUGCUGCAAAGAUGGG